AUGAAUGAACUCGCAAGGGCGGGUGGAGGAAAGGAGCGCAUCGAAGGGGUUGUCUCAAACUCCUUGGACGAAGUGGCGCCCGUCCUCCCCAUUACUUGCUGGCUCGUCGCAUCCCUUCACCAGCCAGGGGAGCCGCUCUCACCUUCCCUGCGGCGCUUCCAGGGACCAGGAGGCGAAGAACUUCAGGAGGCUCGGCUCGGGCUGGCCGAGGGCGAGUGGGCAGAUCCAGGGCUCCAGACCCGCGGCGAUGGCCUCUCUCCCCGCAGCCUGGAACUGGACGGCGGGCGCGGAAGGAGCUGGCGCUGGCGCCCCGGAAACCUGAGCGAGGCGCUCGCCGCGGGGGCAGCCGCGGGGGUGGCCGAGGCUGCGUGGCUGCCGCUGCUGGCCCAGGCCAGCAACCUGUCCGCCUCGUCCUCCACGCCCGGACUGCUCGCGACCUCCCCCGAGCCCUCGCAGCCCCGGGCCAACCUCACCAACCAGUUCGUGCAGCCGUCCUGGCGAAUCGCGCUCUGGUCCCUCGCCUACAGCGUGGUGGUGGCCGUGGCGGUCUUCGGGAAUCUCAUCGUCAUCUGGAUCAUCCUGGCCCACAAGCGCAUGAGGACCGUCACCAACUACUUCCUCGUGAACCUGGCUUUCUCCGACGCCUCCAUGGCCGCCUUCAACACCUUGGUCAACUUCAUCUACGCGCUUCACAGCGAGUGGUACUUCGGUGCCAACUACUGUCGCUUCCAGAAUUUCUUUCCCAUCACAGCGGUGUUCGCCAGCAUCUACUCUAUGACGGCCAUUGCGGUGGACAGGUAUAUGGCCAUUAUUGAUCCCUUGAAACCCAGACUGUCUGCCACAGCAACCAAGAUUGUCAUUGGCAGCAUUUGGAUUCUAGCGUUUCUACUAGCCUUUCCUCAGUGUCUUUACUCCAAAACCAAAGUCAUGCCGGGCCGUACUCUUUGCUAUGUGCAAUGGCCAGACGGUUCCAAACAACAUUUCACGUACCAUGUUAUUGUCAUUAUACUGGUGUACUGUUUCCCAUUGCUUGUCAUGGGCAUCACAUACACCAUUGUUGGAAUCACUCUCUGGGGAGGAGAGAUCCCGGGAGACACCUGUGACAAGUAUCAUGAGCAGCUAAAGGCUAAAAGAAAGGUUGUAAAAAUGAUGAUUAUUGUUGUGGUGACAUUUGCCAUCUGCUGGCUGCCCUAUCAUAUUUACUUCAUCCUCACUGCAAUCUAUCUAGAACUAAAUCGGUGGAAAUACAUCCAGCAGGUCUACCUGGCGAGCUUUUGGCUGGCCAUGAGCUCGACCAUGUACAAUCCCAUCAUCUACUGCUGUCUGAAUAAAAGGUUUCGAGCUGGCUUCAAGAGAGCCUUUCGCUGGUGUCCUUUCAUCGAAGUGUCCAGCUAUGAUGAGCUGGAGCUCAAGGCCACCAGGUUCCACCCCACCAGGCAAAGCAGCCUGUACACGGUGACGAGGAUGGAGUCGGUGACAGUGGUGUUUGACCCCAGCGACUCUGUCAACGCCAAAUCCAGCCAGAAGAAGAGAGCGACACCAAGAGACCCAAGCUCCAAUAGCUGCUCCCGCAGGAAUUCCAAGUCCGCCUCCACCACCUCCAGUUUCAUAAGCUCACCCUAUACCUCCGUGGACGAGUGUCCCUAAAUCCAUUCCCUGAGGUGAAAGGGUGAGGCCACCAUGGUGGCAGCCUAGGCCCCUUUCUCCUCACCAUGUAUUAGUCCUGUCCUGCCUACUCUCCUGAAAGAGAAGGGCAAUUUUUAGGCAGAGAUGCUUCAGUAGGGAAAGGUAGCAUAUAAAUAUCACAAAGACAUUACUAGGAUAUUUGCCUCCCUCAAAAAGAAAACAGGCUUUAAAUU